UGUGUGUGUGUGUGUGUGUGUACUGGUUUUAUUAUUAUCUUAGAAAUCCUCUAACAACUGAACAUGGAAACUGUCUGGAGGAUGCCAAGAAUAUUCCUUUAAGCCUCAUUACAUGUAUAGGUUGUUUUGGUCAGGAACACUGUUGAAGUGCACACUCAAUACAUUAUUGUGUUUCUGUGUUUCCCAGGCCAAGUUAAAUGCUUACAUAGCGCCAGGAGUAAGAAAGCUAAAGUAUUUGGCAGUAUAGAUUGGAAUGAAAACAUUCAGACUUUCCACGUCCCUGUGAAGACAACAUAAGAAGUCACAGACGAAGCACUUGCUCUGGGUUGAACGGUUCUUGGAGGGAUUCACCAGCAUCCCUGGAGUGGAAAGCCUUUUCCACAUGUAUUAUGCACUAAGACAGACCCUGUUCAGGUUCCCCAAACUAACGUUUUCCACACUCUUAGAAAAAAAGGGUUCCAAAAGUGUUCCUCUGCUGUCCCCAUAGGACCACCCUUUUUGGUUCCAUGGAGAACCUUUUUGGGUUUCACGUAGAACCCUCUGUAGAAAGGGUCCUAAAUGCAACCCAAAAGGGUUCUACCUCGAACCACAGAAUCUCUCAGGCUAAUAGAAGUUCAUGAAACCACAAAUGCAUACAAAUGCUUCUGUCAAGCAUCCUGUUGUGAGUUUCGAUAACCAGCCAGCGAUCAGGAGACAGAAAUCUUAUUGUGUAAAUGUCUAACAUUAUAUCUCUGUCAAAGCUCUGCACCUUCCUCAAGGCUAUAGAUUGAUGUGGUUUUAGGGCGGUAAUGGUAUUGACGGUAUGAAUGGAGAGAUUGGACAACCAGGAUUCUAUGGGGAGGCGGGAGACACAGGCAAACAAGGACAGCCAGGUGAUCAAGGAGACGAAGGAGACGAGGGAGCAAAGGGCCAUGGCCUGCCUGGCUAUAUCGGAGACCAGGGACCAAAGGGCCAUGGCCUGCCUGGCUAUAUCGGAGACCAGGGACCAAAGGGCCAUGGCCUGCCUGGCUAUAUCGGAGACCAGGGUCCAAAGGGCCAUGGCCUGCCUGGCUAUAUCAGAGACCAGGGACCAAAGGGCCAUGGCCUGCCUGGCUUUAUCAGAGACCAGGGACCAAAGGGCCAUGGCCUACCUGGCUAUAUCGGAGACCAGGGACCAAAGGGCCAUGGCCAGCCUGGCUAUAUCAGAGACCAGGGACCAAAGGGCCAUGGCCUACCUGGCUAUAUCGGAGACCAGGGACCAAAGGGCCAUGGCCUGCCUGGCUAUAUCAGAGACCAGGGACCAAAGGGCCAUGGCCUGCCUGGCUAUAUCAGAGACCAGGGACCAAAGGGCCAUGGCCUGCCUGGCUAUAUCAGAGACCAGGGACCAAAGGGCCAUGGCCUACCUGGCUAUAUCGGAGACCAGGGACCAAAGGGCCAUGGCCUGCCUGGCUAUAUCAGAGACCAGGGACCAAAGGGCCAUGGCCUACCUGGCUAUAUCGGAGACCAGGGACCAAAGGGCCAUGGCCUACCUGGCUAUAUCGGAGACCAGGGACCAAAGGGCCAUGGCCUGCCUGGCUAUAUCAGAGACCAGGGACCAAAGGGCCAUGGCCUACCUGGCUAUAUCGGAGACCAGGGACCAAAGGGCCAACGUGGAAGACCUUUCAAUGGCACACCAGGACGAGAGGGCGAGAGAGGCCAUGUAGGCCGGCCUGGACUAAGAGAUCACCCAGGACUACGAGGAGUCCCAGGUGUGUGUCAGACCACUGGGUGCUCUCUGCUAAACAACAACACAACCAAUGGAUCACAUCAGAAU